AAAGGGCGCUCUGACCCACCCACCGGCGGGCGGCGCCGCGGAUGGGAGGUGGCUGCGCCCCAGGCUUCUGAGUGCUGACCCUCGCCUCCCGCGCCGGUCUCGCUGGAGGGGCGCCCCCAUCCAGUGCAGCCUUGGGGGCCAGGCCCGGGGAGCCACCGGGCAGCCAUGGCGGAGCCCGUGGCCGCGGCCGAGGACCUGGACGCCCUCAUCGACGACCUGGACUACCUCCCGGGCCACUUCCACCUGGAGAUGCAGCUGAACUUCGAGCCGCGCUCGCCGGCCUCGCUCCGCGCCCGGGACCUGAAGCUGCAGCGGGAGGGACUGCUGCAGGAGCUGGAGCUGGCAGCCGCUCCGCAGCGCCCCGCCGUGCGCCACCUCCUGGGAGCCUUCGCCUUCUACCUGGAGGAGCUGGACGAGGCCCGCCAGAGCUUCCUCGAGGUGGCCCGCGAGGACCCGGGUAACCUCAACGCCUGGGCCAAUCUGGCGCACGUGUACGGGCGGCUGGGGCAGGAGGAAGAGGAGGAGGCGUGCGCCGGGCAGCUGGCCGGCCUCAUGGGCCUGGCGGGGGACCGCGGGGCAGCCGAGGACCCCAAGCUCCGCGCCGCGCGCUGCCUGGCGGAGCAGGGCUACGCGCACGGCUUCGACGUGGGCUGCGCCAGCCCAGAAGAGCGAGCGCGCGUGCUGGAGGCUGGCAUCGCGCUCUACGACAAGGCGCUGGGCUACGCGCAGCAGAUCCCGAUGGAGGAGAAAAGGUGCUGGUACUUCACCAUGGCAACGCUCUUCAUCAGGUUAGAUGGCAUAUUCCUGGAGCUGGGCAGCGAGGAGCAGAAGAGGCUGCCGGCCUUCAACCGCACGCUGGCCCUGCUGCAGCAGGUCCUCAAGUCCUCAGACCCCCACCCCCGAGCUCUGGCCUGGUGCUACCUGGGGAUGCUGCUGGAGAGGAAGGACACCUUCUCCACCACGCCCAUGGGUAUCCAUGACUGCGGGUUUUCGGGAACUGACCCCCUGGACUGCUUUGGCAAGGCCAUCGAGAUUGCCAAGGACCAACUUCCCAUCCUUAAUCGCCUAGCCAAAAUCUUCCACUUCCUCGGAAAGCAGGAUAUGGCCAUUGGCACCUGCAACAUGGCCCUGGACGUCCUACGAGAUCCAGAGCUCAACUGGCAGGCAUACUGCACAAGGGCCAAGAUCCACAUCAGAGCCUACCUGCACGACCUGGAGCGAGGCAAGCUGGGGCUUGGGGGCAUGCCUGACAGGAACCACCUGGCCUGCGCCAAGGCCGACCUCGAGGAAGUGGUCAAGGUGUGCCCAGGCCUCAAGACCUACCUGGACAUCGGCCAGGUCUACUACUACAUGGGCGUGGACGCCGUGCAGGAGCUGCUGGCGGUGGACGAGGCGGCGCUGAACCAGGCGCUGGUGUUCCUGGCCAAGGCCGGCGAGUCGGAGCUGGGCGCCACGCUGCCGGAGCUGCAGCUGCUGCGCGGCAAGUGCCUGCGCAUCAAGGGCGAGGAGGCCAACGCGGCGGCUUGCUUCAAGCGCGCCGUGGAGCUGGACGACGCGGGCUGCAGCCACGCCGAGGGCUUCGGCUGCCUGCUCGAGGCGCUGCUGGCGCAGUGGAGCCAGGCGCAGCUCGGCGACGGCGAGGUGGGCCGCGAGGUGGACGUGUGGCUGCGGCGCGCCCAGAGCAAGUACCCGGCGGCGCGCCUGCGGCAGGAGCUGCAGCGCGUGUGGCGCGCGCACACGGACGAGGUGCUGGGGCUGGCCCGGGCCUUGGUGGCCCAGGGACGGCCGGCGCUGGUGCGGCUGCUCUUCGAGACCAUGGAGCGCAAGGGCGACGGUGCGAGCUCCCUGCGGGACCGCCGCGCGUUCUCCUUCUGAGGGUCCCUCCGGCUCCCCUUCCCUCCCCACCGCUCGGAGAUGGUUGGACCUGGUCCAGGCGCUGGAAACCGGCUCGCUGUGCCAUAGGCUGGCGGGUAAGCGGAGCCCAUCAGACUCUUCCGGGAGUUGGAAUGGGGACCUGAGACACAAGGACAGUUGGACGUGUCCACGGAGGCAACAGGGCCUGAUCCAGGAGCACAAGGGAGGCUGGCGGCAGACGCGAGGGGCCAGUGGGAAACUGCCAAUGGGAAGGCCCAAAUUGUGCAAAUACGCAGAAAAAUAGCAUGGUGUCUCCCAAGAGCUACGGAAGAUAAUUGCCUCCAUUUUGGCAGGUGCUCUAGUACCCAGGAGCCUGUUAUUGGAUUCUCGUGAGCCAGGCUCUAACCUUAUAAUAAGGCCCCCUCUACUUGGGUUGACUGGAGUAGGUCUCAGGUCUGGCAGUGGGAGAAGUCGUGGCUAGAGCAGAGGGCACAGCUGCCAGCGCACGGAUAAGGGCGGGAACGCAGUCUACACCUCGCUGCUCAGCGCUCUUUCCUGCCCUCUUCACAGUCUUCCAGCAGGCCACAUUCUUGGCCAACUUGGUCUGAAAGACCCUCAAACUCCCUGAAAUAGGGCCCAUUGGUAGAACCUUCCCUUGACUUCUCUAUUCUUGAGGGAAUGUAAGAGCCCCACCCAAGGAAGUGCUGCCUGUGCUCAAUCUCAAACCUUCUACCAGACACUGAAGAAAAUCUUGGAAUUUUACACUCUUGAAAUCGAAGUCAUAGAAUCAUAGAUGUAGAAUUUCAUUGUCAAAGACUUCGGCUUUGAUUAUUAGCAAAUCUGGGAAUCACCAAGCUAGAUUCUUAUGGUCCUACUAACAAGAGCUAAUUUAACCUAAAACUCUAAAAAAAACCGAGUUCUUUCCAGACUGCAAGAGUGUUGGUUGUAUGUAAUCGCAAUGGCAAGAGCCCCCCACCCCCUGCCCCAACUCCCCGGCCCAUAAUGGUUUGUGAUGUAUUUUGCAUUUCCUUCCCCUUCUUAAAAAAAAAAAAAAAGUUAUGCUCACUGCUUUACUCAUUUUUCUGACACUCAGACGGUAGCAGGGAUAGGCCAGCCCCCCUGCCUUACUUCUCCUGUCCCCAGUGAUAGGUGGAGAACAGACCGAGAAGUGUGGUCCCUAGAGAUCUCUCAUUCUGGGAAGACUGGAAGCCCUGGGAGGGAAGUGGCUUGCUCAGAGUCACACUCCCUAGCCUCCCCAUCCUUUCCCUCCAACUUACUUACAGCACUUUUCAGGUUUGGAAAACUACUAAUAAACUGAUAACACUAAAGUAUUAAGUGUUUAUGUGUCACCUGUCACCCAGGGCACUCUGAUAUCCAUUGGCAUAAUGCUGUCAUUCCAGGUGCCUGUGAAAUCUUGAAAGUAAGGCCUCCCGAGGCCUCUGAGUUCCAUCCCAGGGCUCAUGAAGACUUCUUUCCCUCCUUCCUUCCUCUCCAUUGCAGCAGAGUCCAGGAGGUGACUGGACAGCAGGCAGCACACACAGCCUGUCCACUUCUCCCACAUCACUUUUCUGCCGGUGACUGUGACCUGUGACCUUCCCUAGGACAGAUGGUGGUGGUUUAGUCGCUCAGUUGUGUUUGACUCUUGCAACCCCAUGGAUUGUAGUCCACCAGGCUCCUCUGUCCAUGGGAUUUUCCAGGCAAGAAUACUGGAGUGGAUUGCCGU